AUAUCUUCAAACGCUGUUUCAUCUCAGAAAAAUCCGUUUGAUAAGAUACUGCACUGAUCCUGUAAGCGAAGAAGACAAUUUGAGUAGCGGCUUUUUUCGGGUUUGUGGACUGAAUUCGCUCCGAUAUCAGAGUCAUCUGGACUGCGGAACCGUUUGGCUGGAUUUUCUAUUACAAAUUUUCUUUUGUGCCAUUUCUCGCCAGAUUUAACCGUAAGUUGUUUUAUUAAUCUCUACCUUUGGUGGUUUUCUGGCCUUUACAUUCGAUCAACUCGUAAAGAACUACCAAAGUGUUAUUUUGGUAUUAAGAUUUUCUGAAGAUGAUGCCUGUUAACAGAUACAUGGAUUCACACCCCCCGCAGCAGGGGAACCAAAUGCAUUUCAAUCAGAACUAUUAUCCAAGCUUUGAGGCUGUUCCACCUGUUGCAAACGUUGAUCCAUCCAAGCCUGUGGUCAUCAAUCAUCCUUGGCCUUACCCUAACAAUUUUGGUUAUUCUGUUCCGUGCUACCCCUAUUUCCGCGAGGGUAACUUCCCUGGUUAUUAUAGUUAUGGACCUUGUCUUCAUUUUGCAUCACCACAGUUCCAUUGUUGUGGCUAUCAUCCUCCAUAUACUGAUGCUGUCCCUGUACAUUAUGCCCCUCCACCGCAUUAUUUAAGAGAGCUACCUAGGUACGAAUUUGACAAGCCCAGAGAUAAUGAUUAUCACUGUUGUGGGUGCCGCAACCACACACACGACCAGAGAAAUGGUGGAAGUGUGAGGAUUGAAGAGCAGGAUCCCAAUGUUGAAAAUAAUAGGGAUGGCUUUUUAGUUCCAUUUCCAUUGAAAAAUCAUCCAUAUCCAGUUUUUUGGAUUCCGCCCGAGUAUUUGAAGAAUGAAGAGCAUAGAAAGUCUUUGGAAGCGGAUGCGGCUAAGGAGGAGAAAUCUGAGAUGGCUUCUGUAGAUAAGAAGCCUCCUCAGAUUCUAAAGUUCUCUGAACAAGAUCCUGGAGUGUGGAGUAGCUGGUUUCCACUUGACAAAAGAAGUCUUCAAUCUUUUAUGCCAAGUGAAAAUGGGAGUACUGCAGAUCAGAAGAAUGAGGACAUCAUGAGGCAAUUUCCAUUUCCCAUUAUCUGGAUGCCUUUUCACAACAGACAGGGUGAGGCUGAGAAGAAAGAUGUGGAGAUGCACACCGCUCCAAUGUCUGUGGAAGAGCCAGCUUCCAGUGGCCAGUUACACCUAGUGAGAUGCCCCAAUAAUGAUGAUAGCAUUAAUAAAUCUCAAGUGACUAAUAAGAAUUCUGGCAGCCAGGUGGGUUUGGAGUUGAAGGAAAAAAGUUCAAAACAAAGAAGCAUUCCUGUGAAACAAGUAGAAGAACCUAAGAAGAAGGACAACUCUGAAGAUGUUGAGCAGAGAGGAAGAGAUGUUUCUUUGAAAAAUGAAGGAGAUAAUGUUAUGGGAAAAGCUACUGGAUCUAGGACAAAAAGGCAGUCAUCGUCCCCUCCAAAAACAUCAAAGUUACCUCCUGUUUGUCUAAGAGUUGAUCCCUUACCUCGGAAGAAGAAUGGUAACACAACCUCAACGUCUCCCAGUCCUCCUGGUUUCAAAAGACAAUCAAAAGAGACAGCAACGGACACUCCCACGGCUCCCAUUUCACUGGACUCCAAAUCAAAGAAUUCUCAGUACUUGCAAGCUCAGGAAAGCACUUCAAGCAGCAGGAUGGAAGCAGAAGGGAAGAAAAACGAGGUCAAAGUUAUAAAUGUUCUGCAAAGUAAGACCAGUGAAGACAAAGAUGAAGAACAGAGGAAUGCCUAUCAAACGCAACAGUUCCCAGUUAUUUCUUCGGUUGAUUCUGAAAAGGAGGCCUUCAGUAGGCUAACUGUAGAGAAGAUGGGAAAACAUGAUGAGAACUGCGUAAUGAAAGAGGAUAAAGGAUUAAGAGAUGCAGACAAGCUGGCAACUGCGAAAGCAAAUGAUAAGGGGAAAUCAAAAGAAGAUAAAAAAGAACUAUUAGAAGAAGAAGCUGCUGUGCGUAUCCAGUCUGCUUAUCGUGGGUUUGAAGUCAGAAAAUGGGAACCGCUGAAGAAACUGAAGCAAAUUGAAGAAGUCCGUGAGCAGGUGGCUGAGGUUAGGAAUAAGAUUUGUGGUUUAGAGUCCUCUCCUGAUCUUCAGAAAGAUGAGAGGCAGAGGGCAGUGAUUGGAGAAAUGGUAAUGAGCCUUCUCCUAAAAUUGGACACUAUCCAGGGCUUGCACCCAAGUCUCAGAGAUGUUAGGAAAUCUUUGGCAAGGGAGCUUGUAGAACUGCAAGAAAAGCUUGAUUUACUUGCUAAAGCUAAAUCUUCUGAAAAUCGUUCCAUUGGUCUUAACAACAUCACAGGCAUUGAUGGAGAACAAAAUGGGGAUGUAGCAGAACAUCCAAAUAAUGAUGUUUGUCAAAUGAUGGAUGUAGGGUCUGACACCCAGGGUACGGAAGCUUCAAAACCUCCCCUUGUCUUCUCAGAGGCGCAGAAGAAACCUGAAAGUGAUCUUUUACCAGGAUUUACGAAGCUAGAAUAUCAUUCAGAAGAACCAGAGGAUAAUGGUGAUGGAGAGUUCCAGUUUGGGAAGGCGCUAAUGGCUGAAAAUGAUGCGUCUUCUGAGACUGAGCAAACGUUCCAACUGCAGUCAGAGAAGAGUGGUUCUAAGGAGAAGGCAGGAGUUCAAAUUGAAAACAUAUGGUGUGACCGAAUUAAUGAGGAAAAAUCUGAACCAUUUGAGGUGAAUGAAUCAAAACAUAUUGAUAAUAGUCCCCACGAGAGCAGAACAGAAGAAGUGGCAGAAGAAAUUGCUGACAAGGAAUCUGCUCCUUCUGCUGAGGAACAAAGUCAAACAAAUAUGAUAGGUGUGAGACAGAACAAAAAGGGGGAAUCAAAUGUAUCUAGUGAUUUGACUUCUUCAGUUGCGGUAAUUGAUGAGAUGAACUUGCUGGAAGAAAUUCCAGAAAUGAAUUUACUGAAAGAAUUGCCUAUAGGAGUAGUUGAUGAUGCAGAACCUGAGAAACACGCACAAGCUGAAAUUCAGGAUAACGAAGUCUCAGCUGAUGAAGAUGUGGAGUGUGAAGCUUUCAUUAAUGCCUUAGAGCUGCAGCCACAGGAACUACACGAGGGUGGGCAAUCGACAAUUGAUGCAUCUUCAUUGGAUGGUGGGGUCCAAAGUAUACCUGGAGCAGAACAGCAGCCAACGGAACUGGUCAGUGAAGGACCAAGAGAGACCGAGGCAACUUCACCAGAUAAGGAAGUUCUAAUUCAACGCGAGUUGAGGCUGGCAGCGGUUGAUGAAAAACAAUCUGUUGCUGAACCAAAUGGCUGGCCUGAGGUUGCUAGUGAGAAGGAAGAUGGUUGCCCCACAAUUGCUGAAGGAGAUGCCCAAAAAACACAAGUAUUGUUGUUCAACAAGGACAAUAAGCAGAUGGAGGAAUCUCUCCCAGAGGAAAUGCAAAGAGUCCCCACGUUACUGCAGGCAGAGAAUUUAUCUAAGGCGGAAGAUGCGCAAAUUGGAGAAGAUCAGGAUAAUGUAGCCCAGCUGACAGCAAGGGAUAGAAAUGAAAAAAUCAUACAAGAAGAGGAAGAUCUCCGUGUGGUGGAGAUGGUGAGUGGCUCUGACAAAGUGGCUAAUCAGCAUAACGGGCUGGAAACUUCUGAUAGAGAACUUGUAGUCGAGGUACAAGUCGAUCCAAUUAAGCAUGACGAGGAGAAGGGAGAUUUGUUACCUGCAUCCUCUGCUGUCAAGGGGCAAGAGAUAGAGGUGGAAAGUGAUAGAAAGCUGGUUGAAGAGAAUGAAAAAAUGAGGGAAAUGGUGGAGAAAUUAAUGGAAGCAGGGAAAGAACAAUUGACAGUCAUAUCCAACCUGACUGGUAGAGUAAAAGAUUUAGAGAAAAAACUGUUGAGGAAGAAAAGGAAUGCAAGGCGGUGUAGAACAACAGUAUCUCCACCUUCCCGCGGCAUGCCAUCAAGCAAAUCACCAAAGAAGAGAGCUGCCGGUCUGGUAAUGUAAAGCAUAUUGAUUUUUCAGCUGUCUGAGAGUUAUGUUCGUGUGACAUAAAGUUGCGUUUCAUGUAUCUGGUGCAGUUCUUUUUAAUGUAAUAUAUAUUUGCCAUUUUGUUUUUGAACUCGAGAUGUAUUUGUGUCCUUAAAUAUGUUGUGAUGUAUUUCCACUAAACAUACUGAUGGGAAUAAAACGUGAAUAGAAAUUGAGAUGGGCU